AACAAAGGCAAUUAUAAUAGAAAUACAAAUUAAUUUUCCCACAAACCCUUAAAGUAAUAUCAUCCUUUUGUGUGCAAACAGUAUCUCUUUACCAUUCAAUUUGCGAAACGUAUGAAUGAACUAGCGUCACAACACUCGUGAGCUCAUUGGUGCGUACAACCCGUAGGACCCCAUAGAUCGCGGUCACUGAUAACACCCCAUACAUCCCCUGAAUGUAAGGCGGGGUUUAUUAAAGCCCCUCCUCCUAUUAUCCACGCUAUAUUUUAAGGGUAGCAAAUAAAGGGAUCGUUUUAGUCGUAUUCUAAUUUAGUGGCCGGUGGUCAUGGAUACUUCUCCGGUGCAUUCAAGUGCGAAGUGUGGCUCUGAUUUCAGUAUUGCGCGGAUACUGAGUACUGAUAGCAGAAGAAGUGAUAACGUAGAAGUCCCGGAUUGGUUGUGUUGCACUCGGUACAGGCCGCCUCGGUUACCACGUGCAGUGGGCAGUGUCGGGGGUCGCGCCCGGCGGUCUGGGCGGCACGCUCGGGUGCCGUUCACGGCGGCUCAGGCGGCGGCGCUGGAGGCCGCGUAUGCGCGCGCGCCGUACCUCGCGCCGCCGGCCUUGCGCGCACUCGCCGCAGCCUUGCAGCUACGUGACGAUAGAAUAAAGAUUUGGUUUCAAAAUCGUCGUGCAAGAGAGAGGAGGGAGAAAUGUUCUACCAUCGCUCCACCGGUAGCCGUGACGCUGCCAGCGACUACCACAGCCCAUGUCUCAUUGCUCUCUCCUUGGAUUACCACCAGUAACAUCCAUAGCCAUCAGUUUAAUGUAGCUGUUCAGCAAAGUGCAGGUGAUGGGUCACCCCAGUAUGAAAGAGAAAGAAGUGAUUUGAGUGUUUCGUCCUGCAGUGUGUCUACAGAUGAAGAUAGAUGCGACUCACCCUUAGACAUAGAAUCUAUUGAAGACUAGUAGGAUAAGAAAACUGACGAGCUUGUCAGAAGUAAAUUAUUAACGACCAUUUACUGUGAUACACGAAAUGAUAUUAUAAUAUGUGAAAAAUAUAUAAAUUAUAAUCUAUUUA